GCCAGAACCUCUCUGGUCCCGGAUCUACAGUCUGUUCUUUCUAAUGUUGUGGGGUAACAGACUAAUUAAGAGGGAGGUGACUUACCGCACGAGGAGACUAGGCGGGUUGGGUAUGGUCAAGCCAGUGGUAUUCGUAGUGAAUACCUUUUUAAAGACCAAUAUAUCAAACCUCUGGACAGAGAGGGCUCCUCCGUGGGUAGUCUCUUGCAGGAGAUGGUUUCAGCCUUUCUUCCAGGAAUGGGAGAGAGGCGGUCAAGUGAAGGAUCUUCGCACUUCACACGGGCAUCUCCCGACUUAUGCUGCACUGGUUCUGAAGGUCAUCAGGAAGUGGGGGCUGGGGAUGUGGGAGGUCGAUCCCCAGAAGAGCCGAAUACUUUGAUGUACGAGGAACGAGCUCCUUAGAAGUCACCAUUGUCUACAACCCCAGAGCUGUGACCCGACCCCAGAAGGGAGAGAAGUGGCCCCUAAAUAAGGACAUUAAAGUUGUGGUCUCCCCUUUAAAGGCCAGCACAGAACUCAAUGACAGCAAGGUUAAGGUUUCCUAUUAUGGCGGCCAAAGCAAAGAACCCUUGGGCUGCUCCAUGUUGUAUUUGACCAAUGUUGCUGUUUGUCUGGAUGUGGACAUCUUCCGUAUCGGAUCAGUGACACGUGGCGUCCGGGGGAAGGAUGUCUGGACCUGGGGCCGCGGUGGGAAGGGCGCCAUCUUACUGGUGAACUGUGACCGUGACCGUAACAUCUCCGGUAUCUCUGACAGAGAGGACACUGGGCCGCCCAACGCUGCUGAUGUGAAGGACAUGUCCCCUAUGGUCCUGACGGCCGAGGGACCCGACGAGAUCUUCGACGACUACAAAUUGACCAUGAAGGUCUCGUCCUCUGACGCCAAAAGACUGCGCGUGUAUCAGAAGAGACGGUAUGAGUACGCCCAUGUCCUGGGGAAGCAGAUUGACUCGUAUGAUGUGAGGAGAGACAACCUGGAUGACAUCACCUUCUAUGUGGAGGGGCUGGAGUUCCCCGACAUCGACUUCUCGGGCCUGGUGUAUAUAGACCUUACAUUUCACAAGGGCGAUGAUGGGAGCAAGAUCUUAACGGAGCAGGUGGUCUUCAGAGUGGCUCCAUGGAUCAUGACGCCAAACACUCAGAAGCCUCUGGAGGUCUACGUCUGCAAUGUAAAAACCAACUCGGAGUUUGUAAAACUUCUCUCAGACUUUGUGGACAAAACCCGGUGCCCCCUGAACAAGGUGACGCAAAGCGAGAACCGGGGGGACCAAUGGAUACAGGAUGAGAUGGAGUUCGGAUACACUGAGGCUCCUCACAAGCGUUUUCCAGUCGUCUUGGAUUCGCCAAGAAACAGAGGACUGAGGAACUUCCCAGUCUCAGAAGUUUUGGGACCGGACUUCGGACACGUGACGCGGGAGCCGGAUGACAGCAGCACCGUCACCACCCUGGACUCUUUUGGAAACCUGGAAGUCAGCCCCCCUGUGGUUGUCAAUGGGAAAGCCUACCCGCUGGGGAGAAUACUCAUCGGAGACGGGCUGAACAAGAGCAGCAUGCGCAUGAAUCAGGUCCUCAGAGAUUUCCUGCACGCGCAGCAGGUCCAGGCCCCCGUCUUCCUGUUCUCCACCUGGCUCUACGUCGGCCAUAUUGACGAGUUCAUGACCUUUGUGCCGGCGCCAAAUAGAAAGGGUUUUCGGCUCCUGCUGGCGAGUCCUCAGGCCUGUCUGGAUCUUUUUAGGAAGAAGCAGAAAGAAGGUCAUGGAGGUGCAGUCAUGUUUGAAGGAUUAAAUAGAGUCACUUACACCAUUGAUGACAUCUUGGCCAGUAAAAUCUUGUUGGAUUCCUCAAAGAUCUGUCAGGAGAGCAUUGACCAGAACCGGAAGAUCAUGAAGAAGGAGCUGGGACUGAGUGAGGACGACAUCAUAGACAUCCCCAUGCUGUACAAGUGCGACUCCGACAUGGAGAACGCAGAGUCCUUCUUCCCUAAUAUGGUGAACAUGCUCGUCCUGGGGAAGCAGCUGGGGAUCCCGAAGCCGUUUGGCCCCAAACUCUACGGGACCUGCUGCCUGGAGGAGAAGGUGCGCUCGGUGCUGGAGCCCCUGGGCCUGAACUGCACCUUCCUGGACGACUUCACUUCGUACCAUCAGUACCUGGGAGAAGUGCACUGCGGCACCAACGUGGUCAGGAAGCCCUUCUCCUACAAGUGGUGGGAGUGCAUAGUGUAACCCGGACCCUCAGUGUCACUUGUGUGCAGAGCGUCACACACCCAGCAACGCAGACCUACGGCUCAGCAACAUCACUAACUUUCUACACUAGUAAAGGGCGACCCCAACCUAAAGGGCAAUCCUUCCUCCGAGACGUGACUAGUCGCACACGUAUCGGCAAUGACCAAGAUUGUAUGUAUUCUAUAACAUGGGUCUCCAAACUGUGAACCUACAGCUGCUGCACAACUACAACUCCCAGCAUGCCCGGACAGCCAACGGCUGUCCGGGCAUGCUGGGAGUUAUAGUUGUGCAGCUGCCGCACACUUUGCUGACCUAUUAUUCUCAAUUAAUCGCAAACCCCCUCUGCUGGUCAUUACACACAUUACGGGCACAGGCUUAUCUAUGGAUAUUGUUGCCAAAAGCAGCACAACUACAACUCCCAGCAUGCCCGGACAACCAACGCAGGUGGCACACCCUCGAUAUAAUGUAUAAUAUAUUUAUAAUUGUGAUUAACAAUGUAUCAUAUUAUUCUAAUAAAAUUGUUAUCCAC